CGCGCUUGCCGCCCCUCAGUCGCUCGGCAGCUUGCGUCGCGGAUACACGUGCGCCACGUCCGAAGAUUACGACCGCACGUAGUCUUCACGAACAUAAAAUUAAAAAAAAUCUGUUACUGGUUACUGUGCCUGCAAGUCCCUGGGGGAACGUCAACUUUUACUAACUGGAUCCGUUCUGGUUUUUUCACUUUUAUUGUUUAUCCUUAGCAAGUGCAAAAUGUGAUGUUAUGUGUGUUCAUUGAGCGUGCCGUCCUGUGUAACGUUAAAGUGAACUCGAUGGAUGUAAUGUGCUUUUGAAUUUGGAGUCUUAUUUGGUCCCUCGCACCGGAUUCAUAUUUUAAAAGAUACGGAAUGACAGCAAGCAUACCACUACCAUGAUAUCUGCAGCAUCCGCCUUUGAAAUGAGAUGGAGAACGAACCUUCAGAUACGCAAAGGUCGUAACUUGGGCAAUAACUCCAACAUGUCUUCGGCAAUAGUCUCUUCGCGUAGCUACAGAAUAUCACCGAUAUCAAACGCACAGACAUCCCUCCUAAAGAUGGCGUCACGGUUCGCGCACAGUGCUGCCACCUUCCUCACUUCCAGCACGUUUAUGGUGCUGCUUAUAUCCCUUGAACUCCUGGCGUGGCGCAGCGGAGCGGCCGCGCUGGCUAACUGCCCUGGCGGUUGCAGUUGCAACGAUGACACUCUGGUCGUAGUCUGCGAAGAGAGCCGGCUAGAUGUCCUCCCCAUCGCCCUCAACCCCUCCAUCCAGCGACUCAUCAUCCGCAACAACAAAAUCAAAACCAUCGACAGUUCGAUGCAGUUCUACGCCGAGCUGCAACAUCUUGACUUAUCCCAAAACCAUCUCGUCAACAUCCCGACGAACAGCUUCGCGUACCAGCGUCGGUUGCAAGAGCUACACCUCAACUACAACAAAAUCUCUUCUGUAACCAACACCACCUUCCAAGGGCUCAACUCUUUAACUGUCCUUAACCUCAAACGGAACUUCCUAGAGGAACUCACCAAUGGAGUAUUCUCCAAUUUACCAAGACUGGAAGAACUAAAUUUAGGUCAAAAUAGAAUAUCGAGAAUUGAACCGAAAGCUUUUGCUGGACUAUCAGCGUUGAGGAUUCUUUACUUGGAUGACAACCAACUAAGUUCGGUACCUACAACUUCCUUCAGCGUCUUAGGAAGUCUAGCUGAGUUACACGUGGGCCUUAACGCGUUCUCUUUUUUACCUGAUGACGCCUUUGCAGGCCUUAACAGACUUGCAGUGUUGGAUUUGAAUGGAGCUGGUCUCUUCAAUAUCAGCGACAACGCGUUCAUGGGUCUGCCGGGAUUGAGGAGUCUCAAUCUUUUCGGAAACAGACUGAGCGUGGUGCCCACACAUCAGCUGUCCGGUCUCACAAGGCUCGAAGAACUGUACAUUGGACAGAACGAUUUUUUAGCACUAGAGAGCCACUCAUUCAAAGGCUUAAAAAACCUGAAGUUAUUAGAUAUAACAGGUGCCACUCAGCUCGAGCGAGUGGAAAAAGGAGCUUUUGAGGACAAUGUCAAUUUAGAGACUGUGGUGUUAGCGAAUAACAAGAAAUUAGCCGCAAUCGAGGACUGUUCUCUGCUUGGAUUGCCCAAAUUGAAACAUGUUUCUCUCAGAGACAACGCCAUCGUUAGCAUAAGUGAAACGGCGUUCGUCGGAAAAGAACUAAAGCAGUUAGAUAUAACGGAUAAUCCUAUAUUCUGUGACUGUCAGUUGUUGUGGCUCAGAGAACUGCUGAAUGACAAGAGCAACUUUACACAAGUCCAGUGUGCUGCCCCCGAGCACUUGAAAGAUAAAUAUCUAAGGACUCUGAACGCAGACGAUCUCGGCUGCGUGCUACACGACACGCGAAAACACACCAUAAUCGCCGCCGCCAUAGUCGGAGCGGUGGUAGUUGUGAUGACAUUAGUGUUAAUAAUAUACAAGCGCAAGAGCGUCCAAGAGAAACUGAAGGGUUACAAGUGGAACAAAGGUCGCAAAAACCUGGAUUACCACAAGCCAAUAUCAACAGAGGAGGACUGUAUCCUAGAGCUUUACGCCUCUCCGAGCGUGUUCUUCAUGUCGGGCGGCCCGGGCUCCGCGCGCCGGCCGCCGCGCUCGGGAGGCGGCGGCACGCUGCCCGCCGACGGCUUCACCUACAUCGACCGCCGCGCGCCGCAGCCGCUCACCCUCAACAACGGCGCCCCCGCGCACCACCUCAACAACGGCUCGCUGCGGUCCUUGCCCGACAAGAAGAACAACCGGAACGGCGUCGUCUGCCACCCGGAGAACUUCCAGCGCAACCUCGACACGCGGUACUCCCGCAAACAGGAGAACGGCUAUCUGCGGAACUCGGAAACGAUAAUCGGCUUCCCGAGAAACGACAGGGAAUACGAGCGGGAACACCAGGAGUACAGCGAACCCGAGUACUCCAUCAUCCCGGAGAACGGCUACGGCCGCCCGAUGGACGACUACCCGCGCUCCUGUAGCCAUUCCAACACCUUCAACUGUUGAGUGAGCGAGUGAACUCUUCAAUCGUUUGUGAUCUUGUAAUUCUAGCAAUAAAUCUUCAUUCCAUUAAGUUUUUCUACGGACAGACUCGAUGCGAUGGGACGUAGUGCUCUAGAGCGGUUAGUGGCGUUAGAUAACGGUCCGGUGUACGUACGACCAGUGAAGACUAUCUGUAUCGUAUAAUUCGAUUUAAAAGAGUACCUUAUUUGUAAAUUAUAAAUUUAAGUAGUGAUGGAUCUAUUUUUCAAUGGGACGUCGGAGCGUGAAAGUGUGACUUUCAUUGUGGAGGAGGCGUACGAUGUACAGACUAGUCGCAGUAAGAUUGGGCUCGUGCGCGCGCGCGGCUCGGAGUGUGACUGUACAGCCUGGCCCAUUAUUGCCAAACGUUCUUUCGCCAUUUCAAUUCAAGUCCAGUAAAUAAAUGUGUAUUUUUAUAUACAUGUCGAUAACAUUGUCAAAAUUCUACCAAUAGUUGUGUGGUGUGGUGCGGUGAAAGCGAAACGGCUCGGUUGUCUGGGACAGGUUGCACAUCAUAAAGUAUGUGAUUUGUAUUUUUCCGUCAUGUAAGAUGGAAUUUGUAUUUGAUUUUGUACAAAAAACCAUUCCAUAAGAAGUCUUUUUAAUAAUAUCUAAUAUUUUAUUUAUGGAUAAAGUAAGUGUGCGUUAAAUAAGACACCAAUAUGAAAAAUAUUAGAUUUAAAAUAAGUGUAAAUAUAUUUAUGCUAUAUUGAGAUAUUUAUAAAAUUUAAUACGAUCUUGUUCUUCUAAAAAUUAUCAUAAAAUUAUUUCCCACACUGUAUCGUUUGCUCUAUGGACUGACAUCCUCCAAGAUUUCUUAUAUCCAACACUAUUGUAUUGUUGCUUACACUUACGCACAUAUUGUACCUAGGUACUGAGUAGGUACUUUGUGCACCUGUUGUUUCCAAUGUUGACACCAACCAGUCUUGUCUCAUGACACGGUGACCUUGUAUAUUCAGUUGAUUUAUUACUAGGUAUCUGAAAAAUAAAUAGAAUAUUAUUUUCUGAUUUUGCUGCUAUAAAUAUAUCGUUUCGAUUAUAAUAACAUUUAAUUAAUGGGUAAAUCAAUAAUUUGAAAGGGGUAAAUCAUAAUUUUGCAAUUCUAUCGUCUUAAUUUGAUUUUGAUAUGUUCUGUUACGUAGUUAAAAAAAAAACUUUUAAUAAAGAAUUUCUCACAAUUUCAACUAUGGUCAAAGUGUUAUAAGACUUUUGUAAUGCUCAAUCAUAAUGCAAUUUUUAUUAAGAAUGAUAUAAUUGUAUGUAACUAGUCCUUAUUAUGUGUUUUGUUUAUAUGAACGUACAUAAAUAAAUCCGAAAUACCUAAAUCUAAUUUCCGAAAUAAAUUGUAUGUUAUAUUGAGAUUUAGGGAAACAUUGGGUCAACGAUUUAAAUUUAUUGUGUUAAUUAGAUUUAUAUAUAUUUUUGAAAGAAUAAAGAACCUUACAAAUGUCCUUAUAAAAAAAUAAACUGUAUACCGAAUCAAAUUCAUCAUUAGCCCUCAUAUUGCUAACUUAAAACUGGCAACAUCAUUGUUAUAUUUACUUACCUCUUCAAAAUUCUACAAUCAUCAUGCAUUGAACUUUUUAUUUAAAAUCUUAUACCUAGUAGGUAGUCUUUAGCUUCAAAAUAGUCAAUAUUAGGGCUAGAUGUUAAAUUUGUGUCUGUACAAUCCAUAGAAAUAGAAAAAGUGACAAACUAAAAAAUGUAUUUCUGAUUUAGCAUCCUACAAAGAUAGAAUAGUUUAAUAUUUUUAUAAGGGCAAUGAUAUUUUGUUUCUUUUAUAUCAUUACACGUUUCUAAAGCGUACAGAACAACGCCUUCCUAAUAAUACAGAGCACAUUUUCAUAUCAUUAAAUAUUAUUGUUACUUUAUAAUAAUAACUGGAGUUUGGAAGACGACUACUGUACGGUGUCAUACCGUGUUGUUACCACCCUUGUUGCCACGCAAUAUUUUCUAAGAAUAGAUUUAAAAUAAAAUAUUUAAAACUACAAAAUUUAGAGAAGUACUUACCUACAACAUAAUUUAUACAUGAUUAACUAAAUAUUGAAUCUAAUCGAUUUUGUUUAAUGUAUUACCUAUUGGAAAAUAUAAAAUUAUUUGAACAAUUUUAUAUUUUUCAAUAGAUUAUGAAGUUAUGAAGAAAAUCCCUAGGUACCAACCGCUUGCCUUCCCCUGCAGAUUAUAAAGUUAAACAAAAAAUAAAUAAUAAAAACAUAAUUUUGCAAUUAAAUAAUUGAUUUUAGCAGAAAACUGAAGAUUCUUAUCAUAGGCUAUGAUGAAAAGAAUCUCCACUUUUAGUUUCCACCGAUAAAUCUAGACAAAAUCAACCAUGUACCUAGUAGUCGUCUACCUCCAGUAGAAUCACUAUUAUUAUACCUAUGUACCUAAACCUAUCUAAACACUCUAAAUUGAUCCUUAUCGUUCAUGUAAAUACGAGAAACUAAAGACUAAUUUGGCACAUGCUGGUGCCUACUGAUGCCUAAAAUGUAUACAAAAAAAACAAUGAAUACAUAUGAGAAUUGUGAUUAGCGUAUUUCAUGACAUCGUAAUAGAUCAUUGGUCAUUUCUGUACUUUAUUGUAGUUAUUACCUACAUACAAACUCGAUAAAUAUAACAUACCUCAAAUUCGA